AGCCUCUUACACUAAUGCCACUUGUUGCUGAGCGAGCAUGGGAUGGCAAACUCCUCAAGAAUAUACAGAGAUUUAAUCGGCAGUUACACAUGAUGAAGAUUAUUAUGACCAGGCUCAGGCUAAAACAUUAUAUGGAAAUAAAAAUACUGUAGACCUGUGCAGUUUGGAUCUGAAAACAUCUGAGCAUGUCCGGAGACAUUGUGGGAGCGUGGGAUGUGUCCCUGAGCGAUGGGCUUUACCGAAUUGAGUUUGAACACGGAUCAACGACAGGAAAACGUGUCAUUUAUAUUAAUGGAAAGGUGAGAGAGGUGUUGAGGAGAGACUGGAUGUUCAAAUUGGUGGGCAAAGAAACAUUCCCUGUUGGCUGUACAGAUGCAAAAGCAACCAUAACUAUUGAGGCCAUCACUGGGUUUUCCUAUGAGUACACGCUGGAGAUCAACGGAAAAAGUCUGCAAACAUUUCUGGACAACCGAUCAAAAAUUUCCAAAACAUGGGUUAUGAAGCUGGAUGGUGCCGAUUACAGGAUAGUUCUAGAGAAAGACACUAUGGAUGUUUGGUGCAAUGGACAGAAACUGGAGACUAUGGGAGAGUUUACAGAGAACGGAUCAGAGACACACUUUGCACUGGGGGACCAUGAAUGCUACAUUAAGGCAACAACUAGUGGACGAAAGAGAAACGGAAUAGUUCAUUCCUUACUGGUGGAUGGGAUCAGGAUAGAAGAGGCCAUUGAGUGAAAUGGAGGCUAAUAGAAUUCAGCUGUGCAAGACAUUUAGCAACAGUGUACUUUAGCACAAUUAGAUACAGAUGGCACUGAAUUGAUUUUUUCUUCCUCAAUAAAUCCAAUAUGUUGGCAAUUG